AUGGAAGAUUUAGAUGAUGAACAACGUGCAUUGAUUCCUCAUUCUUUACGUGAAUUAAGUUUACAUUGUAUUUAUAAAGGUCUUGAAUUAGGACCUACAGUAACAAUAGCAACGGUAUUACCUUAUCAAUUAUAUAAAUCAAGAAAAAAUCUAUCAUUUACUUCAAUAUUAAGUCGUGUUGGAACAGCAUCAAUAUAUGGUGCUAUUGUUGGAGUUGUUUUUAGUUUAGGUCUGAUGCAUGCAAAAUUAUAUAACGAAAAAUAUAAUCAAUAUAAAAUAUGGGAUAGAGCAUAUCGUUUAAGAUAUUCUCAAAGUCAAAAACGUGUUGAUAAAUAUGCCUUUACAUUUUCGAUAGCUGGUGGAUUAAGUGGACUUAUUAUUGGUUUACCAUCAAAAUUUAGUCCAUUAUCAGCAACAAAAGGUGCAUUAAUGGCUAUUCCAUUUGGUGUACUUGCACAUGUUAUUACAAGUUCUGUUCAAGAUCAAUCGAAUAAAAAUCAAAAAAAUUAA